AUGGGCUGCAAUCAGUCCAAGACGAACGAGCAUGAUGUGAACGUCUCAAGCACCGCUCAGUUGAGCAUCUCAAAGUCGGAAGUAUUCGAAAAGAAUGUCACAACGAAUGGUGUACAGCCCUCAAUCGCUCCUAGCGAAGCUGAGUCGGAACCCGCUUUGACUGCGAAUGAAGCAGUCGUUAAGACGAAAAUUCAGGAUUUCGCACUUCAGUUUCAUCCAGGUGAGGUUUGCAUCAAUGAAUAUGGCGUCGCUUUUUACAACUUCGACGGCUCUAAUCCAGCUGAUCCUAGUCAAGAGUUUCACGUGAGUAAGCGGUACUCAGAAUUCAAAAUCAUGCAUGCGGCAAUCUCCAAGCUUAUGGCUAGCGAGAAGAACGUCAAAGUCAAGGACCAGGAUAAGUUUCAGACCUACCCAGCUUUACCGUCGAUGCCUCGUGCUAACGCAGUGACUUAUUUGCUCGGGCGAGGUGAUCAAAAUGUGGUGAAGGAGCGCGAAGACCAGUUUGUCAAGAUUCUAAACGCAAUAGCUGCUCAUCCGAUUGCGUUUAAAAGCGAGACUUUCAAAGAUUUUUUAACAUAG